CUGCCGUGAACGGGAAAAGAGAGAGAAAAAAGGAAUAAAUUGAAUUUUGGGACGGAGAAGGGGCGUACAUUAACAGCGUCACUUUUCCGGUACAUGUUAGCGUCCUUGGGUGCUACCCGCGCAGACUGUAUCCACUGCACUCUUCUCUCCCCUUAUCCUGCGCACCAUCUCCUUUUCCGCUUCGUCCAUCGUCUUACCUCUCGUGUCGGAUUAGGGCUCCUUCGCAAGACAAAGUUCGUUUAUUCAUCCAUUCUCGAGAGGAGUUCUUUCAUGCUCUUAAUCAGCUCUAGGGUUUGGACUCACCGGAUUCUUUGCUGUGUUUCCCUCCGCCGCUCAUGGAUCCUUCAAGUAGGCUGUCGAAGGAUUCUCCAUACUCGAAUCUCUUCAAUCUCGAGCCAUUGAUCAACUUCAAACUUCCGCAACCUGAGGAUGAUUUUGAUUACUAUGGGAGUAGUAGUCAGGAUGAAAGCCGAAGCAGUCAAGGUGGGGCAAUGGCAAACCAUGGUAAUGGUUCUAUUUCAGGAAUGGAAUUGAGCAAGAAAAAGAGAAAGUGGUGGACAGAGGCUGAUGAUAGGGAGAAUGAGGAUGACUUUUACCGUCCACAAAUUACAGAAGAGCACUAUCGAUCAAUGCUUGGAGAGCAUAUACAGAAGUCCAGAAAGAGGUCAAAGGAAUCUCAACCAAGCCCUGCACAUCUAAGAGGAGGUGUUUCAUUGCCAAAAAGCAAUGUGGGUAGUUACAAGGGUAGGAAACAUGGGAAUGAUUACCGAGGAGGAUACUAUGAUCCUGACACAGCACCCAGUUUAGCAAAUGAUGUGAGCCCACAAAAGCGGAGAAGUUAUCAUGAUCCAGAUAUUACUCCCAAAAUAUCAUAUGAACCUUCUUAUUUGGAUAUCGGUGACGGUGUCAUCUAUAAAAUUCCCCCAAGUUAUGACAAGCUGGUGGAAUCAUUAAACUUACCAAGCUUCUCCGAUAUACAUGUGGAAGAAUUUUACCUGAAGGGGACUCUAGAUCUGGAGUCAUUAGCAGAAUUAAUGGCCAGUGACAAUCAAUCUGGACCAAGAGCCCACAAUGGAAUGGGUGACCCUCGACCUCAAUAUGAAUCUCUUCAAGCUAGAGUGAAGGCCAUGUCAGCAUCAAACUCCACACCAAAGUUCAGCCUCAAGGUUUCAGAAGCUGCUAUCAAUUCUGCAAUUCCAGAAGGAGCUGCUGGAAAUACAGCACGGUCAAUUUUGUCAGAGGGUGGUGUUUUGCAGGUGUAUUAUGUGAAGGUUCUGGAGAAAGGAGAUACCUAUGAGAUUAUUGAACGGAGUCUGCCUUUAAAGAAGAAGGUGAAGAAUGAUCCUGCAGUCAUUGAAAGAGCAGAAAAGGAGAAAAUUGGUAAAGCUUGGAUGAACAUUGUAAGAAGGGAUAUUCCCAGACACUAUCGAAGUUUCACCACUUUUCAUAGGAAGCAAUCAAUUGAUGCAAAGAGGAUUGCAGAACUCUGCCAAAGAGAGGUGAGAAUGAAGGUGGGUAGAUCAUUCAAAUUGCCUAGGAGUGCACCAAUUCGCACCAGGAAAAUGUCAAGAGACAUGUUGUUGUUUUGGAAGCGAUAUGACAAGCAGAUGGCGGAAGAGAGGAAAAGACAGGAAAGAGAAGCAGCAGAAGCUUUGAAACGUGAACAGGAGCUUCGAGAGGCAAAAAGGCAGCAGCAGAGGCUCAAUUUUCUCAUUCAACAGACUGAGCUUUACAGUCACUUCAUGCAGAACAAAGCCAAUUCGAAGCCCUCUGAGGCCCUGUUGGUUGGAGAGGAAAAGCUAGUUGACGAAGAUAUUCCAAAAACUUUGGAAACUGAGCCUUCAGGCGAGGAAGAUCCUGAAGAGACUGAACUGAAAAAAGAGGCUCUGAGAGCUGCCCAAGAGGCGGUAUCUAAGCAGAAGAAGUUAACAAAUGCUUUUGAUUCUGAAUGUAUGAAGUUACGACAAGCUGUUGACAUAGAAGAUCCUUCAAAUGAUAUUUCAGUUGCUGGCUCAAGCAAUAUUGAUUUGCAUAAUCCAUCUACAAUGCCUGUUACAUCAACAGUUCAGACUCCAGAGUUAUUUAAAGGUUCACUUAAAGAGUACCAACUGAAAGGCCUUCAGUGGCUGGUCAAUUGUUACGAGCAGGGUCUGAAUGGCAUACUUGCUGAUGAAAUGGGCUUGGGUAAGACAAUUCAAGCCAUGGCAUUCUUGGCGCAUUUGGCCGAGGAAAAACAUAUUUGGGGCCCAUUUCUGGUUGUUGCCCCUGCUUCUGUCUUGAACAAUUGGGUUGAUGAAAUCAGUCGUUUCUGCCCUGACUUGAAAACUCUUCCAUAUUGGGGAGGACUACAAGAGCGAAUAAUAUUGAGAAAGAAUAUCAACCCGAAGCGUCUGUAUCGAAGGGAUGCUGGUUUUCAUAUUUUAAUUACCAGCUACCAGCUAUUAGUAUCGGAUGAAAAGUAUUUCCGCCGUGUGAAGUGGCAAUAUAUGGUGCUAGAUGAGGCCCAAGCAAUCAAAAGUUCCACCAGCAUAAGAUGGAAGACCCUUCUUAGUUUUAACUGCCGGAACCGCUUGCUUCUGACCGGUACCCCUAUCCAGAAUAACAUGGCUGAGUUGUGGGCUUUACUGCACUUCAUCAUGCCGACAUUGUUUGACAGUCAUGAACAGUUUAACGAGUGGUUCUCAAAAGGAAUCGAGAAUCAUGCUGAGCAUGGAGGCACUCUGAACGAGCAUCAGCUUAACAGAUUGCAUGCAAUCUUGAAGCCGUUCAUGCUCCGACGAGUAAAAAAAGAUGUGAUUUCUGAACUAACUAGGAAGACAGAGGUUACUGUGCACUGCAAACUGAGUUCUCGACAGCAAGCCUUCUAUCAAGCUAUUAAGAAUAAAAUUUCUCUGGCCGAAUUGUUUGAUAGUAAUCGCGGACACCUUAAUGAGAAGAAAAUAUUGAAUUUGAUGAAUAUUGUUAUCCAACUCAGGAAGGUAUGCAACCAUCCAGAGUUGUUUGAAAGGAAUGAAGGAAGCACAUAUCUCUAUUUUGGUGUGAUUCCUAAUUCUCUUCUGCCUCCUCCCUUCGGGGAACUAGAAGAUAUACACCAUUCUGGUGGUCAAAAUCCCAUAACAUACGAGAUUCCUAAACUGCUCCACCAGGAGGUGCUCCAAAGUUCUGAAACAUUUUGUUCUGCAAUUAGGCAUGGGAUAUCAAGAGAAUCUUUUCUAAAGCAGUUUAAUAUAUUUUCGCCACACUAUAUUUAUCAGUCUAUAUUCCCACCUGAUAGUAGGGUAGAUCAGGUAGUUACUAGAAGCGGAAUGUUUGGCUUUUCACGCUUUAUGGAUUUAUCACCAGCAGAAGUUGGAUAUCUGGCUACAUGUUCUUCCAUGGAAAAGUUAUUAUUCUCUAUUGUGAGAUGGGAACGGAAAUUUUUAGAUGGGAUAGUAGACUCACUUAUGGAAAACAUGGAUGAUGAGCCUGGUGACGAUUAUGUCGAGCGAGGAAAAGUCAGAGCCGUCACAAGAAUGUUGUUGAUGCCAUCAAAAAUUGAAACUAAUUUGCUGAAAAAGAGACUAGCCACAGGGCCGAGUAAUGAUCCAUUUGAAGCAUUGGUGAUAUCUCAUGAUGAUAGACUUCUUUCAAACAUCAAACUUCUCCAUUCUGCAUAUACUUUCAUCCCGAAAGCUAGAGCUCCACCGGUGAAUGCUCAAUGCUCAGACAGAAACUAUGCUUACAGAAUGACAGAGGGACUACAUCAGCCAUGGCUUAAGAGGCUAUUAGUUGGUUUUGCACGUACAUCGAAACAUAGUGGACCCAGAGAGCCAGAUGGACCUCAACACCCUUUAAUCCAAGAGAUUGAAUCAGAGCUUCCUGUAGUACAGCCUGCGCUUCAGUUGACAUACAGAAUAUUUGGUUCUUGUCCCCCUAUUCAAAGUUUUGACCCGGCAAAGUUGCUCACUGACUCAGGGAAGCUUCAGACCCUGGAUAUAUUAUUGAAGCGCCUUCGAGCAGAAAAUCACAGAGUGCUCUUGUUUGCACAAAUGACAAAGAUGUUGAACAUUCUUGAGGAUUACAUGAAUUAUAGAAAGUACAAGUACCUCAGGCUUGAUGGGUCAUCCACCAUUAUGGAUCGUCGAGAUAUGGUUAGAGAUUUUCAGCAUAGGAGUGAUAUUUUUGUAUUCUUGCUGAGCACCAGAGCUGGAGGGCUUGGUAUUAACUUGACAGCUGCUGACACUGUAAUUUUCUACGAAAGUGAUUGGAAUCCAACCUUGGAUUUACAAGCUAUGGACAGAGCUCAUCGUCUGGGUCAGACAAAAGAUGUGACUGUCUAUCGGCUGAUUUGCAAGGAGACGGUAGAAGAGAAAAUUUUGCAAAGGGCAAGUCAGAAAAACACUGUCCAGCAGCUUGUUAUGACAGGAGGCCAUGUUCAGGGUGAUCUCUUGGCACCUGAGGAUGUGGUAUCAUUGCUUCUGGAUGAUACACAGCUCGAGCAAAAACUCAAAGAACUUCCUCCACAGGUGAAGGAUAGGCAGAGGAGAAAGCAGCCAACGAAAGGUAUACGAUUAGAUGCAGAAGGGGAUGCAUCUUUAGAGGAUCUAACAGAAGCUGCACGACAGGAUAACGGGCAAGAACCUCCGCAAGACCCUGAAAAGGCAAAACCCAGUAACAAAAAGAGGAAAGCUGCUUCAGACAGGCAAGUAGUAGCUUCGAAACCAACGAAUUCUCAGAAAACGACCGAAAAUUUCAAUAUGGAGACAGAUGAUUCAGUUCAGAAUGCAGACUCUCAACCUCAGAGGCCAAAAAGAGCAAAGCGACAAACAAAGAGCACAAAUGAGAAUUCUGAAUCCUUGUUCUCAGCCAUGGAGGGUUCGGUCUGAGGAAAUAUUCCAGCUUAAACUAGGAAGGAAGCCAUUUCCUAUGGGGGAGAUGUUCUUCAAAAGGCAAGAGUGAAGCUCCAGAAGAUGUUCUUGAAGAGCAGGAUUAGCUACUAGGGCUUCUACUACUUUCAAAUCUCGCACGGGACAGACAAGAGGAUGGGCGAUGCAAUUGUUUGUUGUACAGAUGUUCAUUCAAUUUUCAGACUGACCCACUGCUGGAGUGUAUAUACACACCCUAUGUAUUAUUGUAAAGGCAGAACAAUGAUAACUGCUGUAAAACAAAAACAAAAAUCUCGGAUAGCUGACCAAGAUUUUGCCAGAUACGAUCUUUAACAAUUUUAUUCAAAGGGUGCUAGUCAGACAACA